UUAACCAUUAAAAUCUAGAUGUAUAAUUUUGUAAUUUUGUUUUACUUCUCAAGUUACAACCAUUUUUGCAUUCUGUAUGCAUUUUAAGCACAUUGCAACAGAUCCCAGUUAAACAUCGCCAUUCAAUUUCAAUUUCAAGUUGACGACGUGACCUGGGGCUAGCCUUACAUAUAUUUGGGGUCCAAAGAGCUGUUCCAUCCACCAAAAUGAAGGGACGUGUGAAAUGGGAUGAAGUUAAUAUUGGAAACAUUGAAGCAACUAAACCCGUGAGGCAAAAAAUUACUGAGCCGAAGACUCCAUAUCAUCCUAUGAUCGAAGAAGACAGCUCUCCAUCUCCCGAAAGACGAGGGUAUGAUGAAUGCGAUGAUAAUAAAAGCGACCCAGUAAAAGCUGAAGAACCUGCUUUUGAUAAUGCGGCCUGUUGCAGCAGGAAAAAAACUAGCGAAUCUGGCGGCUGGUCAUCAUCUGAGGAUGAGGAAGACGAAACAGAACAAACUGAUGAAGAUGCCUGUUGUAGUUUUAAAGAGCAUCGACGGGCCCAUUAUGAUGAAUUCCUUAAAGUCAAAGAACUGAGACAGCAGUCGGCUCUACUAGAGAAUGGAAGUGACGAGGAUAAUAAUACAGAGCUUGCCGAGGAGAAGAAACCUGGCGUUGAUUCAUCUUCUCCGGCGAGUGCUGAAUAAAGGAAAUUCGCUUUGGGGGAAAAUGGCUUCUACUCAUUUCCUCCGACUAAAUGUUUCUUAUAUUCUGUUUGAUGAAUAAAACCAUCUGUGGUUUCAUUACUUUUUAUAUUAUGGAAAGGAAACAGCUGACCGAUUAACCAAUUCAUUUAAUCAUUCGUGUAUAGAUCACUUCUUUUUCCACUUGGUAUGUUCAACGAAACUUACAUGAUCCGUUUA